AUGGCGACCACCUUGAUCCCCAGAAAGUUUCGCCAGGCGACCACCGAGAAUGACGCUGAGCCUGGCUGGUUAAAGCGUCAGGUCACCGGUGUUCUCCAAUCCAUCUCGCGCCGGGCCUGUCUCCACCCCAUUCACACCAUCGUCGUGGUGGCCCUCUUGGCCAGCACAACCUACGUCGGCCUGAUCGAAGGUAGUAUUUUUGAUAACAAGAACCCUCGCGAUGUGGCCGGACAGGUGGACGUGGAUACCCUGCUCCGUGGAAGUCGGCACCUCCGGCUGGGAGAGAGCACAGCUUGGAAAUGGCAGGUUGAGGACAGCCUGCCGAUCGAAGAUGAGACGGCCCAGCACCUCGGUCUGGCGACGUUCAUUUUCCCCGAUUCUACCUCGAGAUCAGCGUCGACAGCCCCUAUCGCCGACGAGGUUCCUAUUCCUUCCAAUGCCUCUGCCCAAGUCGUCCCUCAUACUCCGAACUUGUUUUCGCCGUUUUCGCAUGACUCGUCGCUGGCAUUCAGCAUGCCUUACAGCGAGAUCCCUCAAUUCAUGAAGGCGAUGCAGGAGAUCCCUGAUCCUUCGGCCGACGAGGAUGUUGACGAACAGAAGAAGUGGAUCAUGCGGGCGGCUCGCGCCUCGGGGUCUGGACAAUCUAUCAAGCUCUGGUUCGCGGAUGCGUGGAGUUCUUUCGUGGAUCUGAUCAAGCACGCCGAAACCAUUGAUAUUGUCAUCAUGACUCUGGGAUACCUUUCCAUGCAUCUCAGCUUUGUCUCCCUCUUCUUCUCCAUGCGACGUUUGGGGUCGAAGUAUUGGCUAGCUAGCACCGUCUUGUUGGCCGGUGCCUUUGCCUUCUUGUUCGGCCUUCUGGUGACCACGAAACUUGGUGUCCCGAUUAAUGUUCUCCUCCUCUCGGAGGGUCUGCCGUUCCUCGUCGUCACCAUCGGCUUUGAAAAGCCGAUUAUCUUGACAAGGGCGGUCCUGAAUGCUUCGGUCGAGAAGAAGAAGGGUGGAGCGCCCGGUCAGCCGGCCGCCAACAACCAGAGAUCGAUCCAGGAAUCAAUCCAGACCGCGAUCAAGGAGCAGGGCUUUGAACUUGUCCGUGACUACUGUAUCGAAAUCGCCAUUCUCGUGGCUGGUGCCGCAUCUGGUGUUCAGGGUGGUCUCAGACAAUUUUGUUUUCUUGCUGCCUGGAUUCUCUUCUUCGAUUGCGUUCUGCUCUUCACUUUUUACACCACCAUCCUCUGUAUCAAGUUGGAAAUCACACGGAUCAAGCGCCAUGUGGCUCUUCGCAAGGCCCUGGAAGAGGAUGGUAUGAGCCACCGGGUCGCGGAAAACGUGGCUUCCAGUAACGAUUGGCCCCAGGCUGGCUCGGAGGACGCUAGAUCUAGUGAUGCCAGCAUCUUCGGCCGGAAGAUCAAGUCUAGCAAUGUGCGCCGUUUCAAGAUCCUUAUGGUUGGAGGUUUUGUCUUGGUCAAUGUUGUCAACUUGACGGCCAUCCCCUUCCGCAAUAUCACCCCGGGUUCUGGUGUUCCCAUCCUGUCGCGCGUGUCGAACGUUCUCGCUCCUGCCCCCAUUGAUCCCUUCAAGGUCGCAGAGAAUGGUCUUGAUUCGAUCUAUGUCUCUGCCAAGAGCCAGAUGAGAGAGACUGUCGUCACCGUCAUUCCGCCCAUCAAGUACAAGCUCGAAUACCCCUCGGUGCACUACGCUUCGCCCGCCGAGAGCAAGUCCUUCGACAUCGAAUACACUGACCAAUUCCUGGAUGCUGUCGGUGGACGGGUCAUUGAGAGCCUUUUGAAGAGUAUUGAAGACCCCAUUAUCAGCAAGUGGAUCAUCGCCGCUUUGACUCUCAGCAUUAUCUUGAACGGCUACCUUUUCAACGCCGCGCGAUGGAGCAUCAAGGAACCUGAGCCAGCUCCCCCGGUCGCUGCUCCGGCGCCGAAGGUGUAUCCCAAGGUCGAUCUGAACCCCGAGGACCGCCCCAAGAGAAGCCCCGAGGAGUGCGAGGCUUUCUUGAAGGAAAAGCGGGCCGCUUAUCUGUCGGAUGAGGAACUGAUCGAUCUCUCUCUACGUGGAAAGCUUCCUGGCUAUGCUCUCGAGAAAACCCUGGAGAACGAAGAUCUGAUGAGCCGAGUGGACGCGUUCACCAGAGCCGUCAAGAUUCGUCGAGCGGUGGUGGCUCGUACGAAAGCGACUGCCGCGACUUCGGCCUCUUUGGAAACGUCGAAGCUUCCCUACAAGGACUACAACUACGCUCUCGUCCACGGUGCUUGCUGUGAAAAUGUUAUCGGAUACCUGCCCCUGCCUCUCGGCGUUGCCGGGCCCAUGCUCAUCGAUGGUCAGAACUAUUUCAUCCCCAUGGCCACGACGGAGGGUGUUCUGGUGGCAAGUGCCAGCCGUGGUGCCAAGGCGAUCAACGCUGGAGGUGGUGCUGUGACCGUCUUGACGGGUGAUGGCAUGACUCGUGGCCCUUGUGUUGGUUUCCCUACCCUUGCUCGGGCUGCCGCUGCAAAGGUCUGGCUUGACUCGGAAGAGGGCCGCAAUAUUAUGACGACUGCAUUCAACUCCACCAGCCGCUUUGCCCGUUUGCAAUCCAUGAAGACCGCACUGGCUGGUACCUACCUGUACAUUCGAUUCAAGACGACGACAGGCGAUGCCAUGGGUAUGAACAUGAUCUCCAAGGGUGUCGAGAAGGCGCUCCAUGUCAUGUCUACGGAAUGUGGAUUCGACGACAUGGCUACCAUCUCUGUUUCGGGUAACUUCUGUACCGAUAAGAAGUCGGCCGCUUUGAACUGGAUUGAUGGGCGCGGAAAGUCGGUUGUCGCCGAGGCCAUCAUCCCGGGCGAUGUCGUUCGUAGCGUUCUGAAGAGUGACGUCAAUGCCCUUGUCGAACUGAACACCAGCAAGAACCUGAUCGGAAGUGCCAUGUCUGGAAGUUUGGGUGGCUUCAACGCCCAUGCCUCCAACCUUGUUACUGCCGUCUUCUUGGCAACGGGUCAAGACCCAGCUCAGAACGUGGAAAGUAGCAGCUGCAUUACCACCAUGAAGAACGUCGAUGGCAAUCUGCAGAUCGCGGUGUCGAUGCCGGCUAUCGAAGUUGGCACUAUCGGCGGCGGUACCAUCCUUGAAGGACAGUCUGCCAUGCUCGAUCUUCUGGGUGUGCGUGGCUCCCACCCCACGAACCCCGGCGACAACGCCCGCCAGCUCGCGCGCAUUGUGGCAGCCGCCGUGCUUGCCGGAGAGUUAAGUUUGUGCUCUGCACUCGCUGCCGGCCAUCUGGUCAGAGCGCACAUGGCCCACAACCGCAGCGCUGCGCCUACACGGUCAUCGACCCCGGUGUCCGCUGCUGUGGGCGCUGCUCGUGGACUCGCCAUGACCGCUUCGAAAUGA